AUGGCGGAGGAAGAGGUUGUUGCUUUCCCCGUGAAGCCGUCCGACCUCAAGCGCAAGCUUGAGAAUGUCGAAUCGGAGCUCCUCGAGCAACAUGCCGGCUCGAUUGGCGAAGAUUCUGUAGACGAUGGCAAAGAAGCAUCUGAUAGUUCUCAGGCGAAGCGACCGAAGCUAGACGGCGAGGCCACCGAUGAUUUAGGUAUUGAGAAAAAUCUGGAAAGUGGGGAGGAGAGGCCUGAGGAAGACAAAGAAGAAGGAACUGGAGAACCUACUGUGCAGAAAGAUGAGAACCAAGAUGCUAAUCCUCUAACUGAGGAAGUUCAGGAGCCCAAUCAUGCUGAGGAGUCUGAAGAUAAGAUGGAUGAUGUAGAUGAUAUCAGUAAGUCUGAGGCUGGAACUUCCCAGGGAGUUUCUGUUGAAGAAAAUAAGGAGGUGAACACUAGCGGUUCUCAGAAGGAAACUGAAGACAGUAGUAAGGAAACGAGUGAUACCAUUGCUCAGAAAGAAGUUGAAAACGAAAGCAAAGAAGCUAAUGGUGGAGGAGGUUCUCAGAAGGAAGAUGACAACGAAAGCAAGGAAGCAAUUACUGGUGGUACUCAGAAGGAGACUGGUAAGGAAGUAAACGGCAGUGGUUCUCAUGAAGAAACUGGCGAGGAGAGUAAAGAAGAAAAUGGUGGCAGUUCUAGGAAGGAGGUUGACGACACCCAGUCCACAACUCGCCGAAUAGAUGUUCCAAGUUCAAAGGUUGGCACACUUAUUGGGAAAGGCGGGGAGAUGGUACGGCAUCUUCAGCUCAAUUCUGGUGCCAAAAUCCAGAUUCGGAGGGAUGCAGAAGCUGAUCCAAAUUCACCUUUAAGACCGGUGGAGAUAAUUGGAAAUCUUGCUGCUAUUGAUAAAGCAGAGACGCUUAUCAAUCAAGUUAUAACAGAGACUGAAGCAGGAGGUGUGCCUGCCCUUUUUGUAAGGGGAGUCCCAGAACAGAUAGAGAUUAAAGUUCCAAAUGAUAAGGUUGGCGUGAUUAUUGGCCGAGGUGGGGAGACGAUUAAGAACAUGCAGACCAAGUCAAGAGCACGCAUUCAGCUAAUACCACAUGAAGAAGGUGAUGGAUCUAAGGAAAGGACUGUUCGUAUUUCUGGUGAUAAAAGGCAGAUUGAUAUAGCUACCGCGUUGAUAAGGGAUGUUAUGUACCAGGUCUACGGAGGAAGGUAUAUGGCAUUUGUCAUUCACGCUUGCAGUACCGUUGUGUUAGAUAGCUCAGAUGAUCAGGAAUUACUAAAGGGGAGCCUGGAUACGAGGCCAUCACAUUACUCUGGUAGUCACAACCAGUCUAAUUACCAACCCCGAGGACCUGGUGGUCCACCUCAAUGGGGCUCGCGUGGUCCUCAUGGGCCUCACUCGAUGCCAUACAAUUACCACCAUGGUGGACCGUACCCGUCUCAGAACUCACAUUACAGACCACCAAACUCCAGCGGUUACCCUCCACAACAUAUGCCUCCGAGAAGCGGAUAUGGUUCAGGUUGGGAACAAAGACCUCCGCAUUCUGGUCCAUACGAUUAUUACGGUAGGCAAGGAUCUCAGAACCCAAGUCCUGUGCCCUCCUCCCACGGUGCUCCUUACUCCCAGGCAGGUCCUCAGCAGAACUACGGGCAGAUGUAUGAUCAACCAAACUAUGAUAACCCUCCAAUGCAGCCACCUUAUGGAGGUUACGGAAGCUCCCAACAAGGCUAUCCACCAGCAGGUGGUCAGCACCAAAUGCAGCAACCAGCUAGACCUUACGGCAUGCAAGGAUCAGCCGAGCCAGGAUAUGGGCCUCCAAGGCCAGCAGCGCCUUCUAAUGAUGUGCCUUACCAAGGCCCAACUCAAGCAGCGCCGUCCUAUGGUACAAACAUGGCUCCACAACAGCAGUAUGGUUACGCAUCAACUGCUCCUGGUCAGCAAACUUACCCUUCGUACAGCUCUGCAGCACCGUCUGAUGGUUAUAACAAUACACAAGCACCCGCGAUUGCCCCAGCUUAUGAGCAGCACGGUGUUCAGCCAGCUUCUGGUGUGCAGCAGACUUCAGCUGGGUACGGGCAAGCACCUCCAGCUAGUGGUUAUAGUUCAUAUCCUUCUACACAGCCUGCUUACGGUAAUGCCCCGGCUCAGAGCAACGGGAACUACGGAUACGGGUCUCAGUAUCCUAGCUAUGGAGGUGGAAACGCGUCAUCGUAUGCUGCACCUGUUGGCCAAACCGGUUAUUCCCAGACUGCACCUGCUCAGACGGGCUAUGAGCAGUCUGCAACUCAAUCAACAGGCUACGCAGCUGCUCCAGGAACAGCACAGUGA